AUGACAACUAUUCAAACCGGUGCUACUACCAAAUUAAACCAACACGAAAUCAUUCCAGCGAAAAAUGAUGUUGGAGCAUUAGCAAAUAGAAUAAAUACCCAAACUAAAGGACAACACGAUAAGAUUAAUAAAGCCAUCGUACUCAAAUUAGCAUUAGCAUUAAGAGAUGCCAGAAUAUACCGUCAAGGAUUACAAAGUUUCUACCAUGUGUUUGCGUCGAUUGAAGAGGUUUUAUUUGACCAAUUCGAAAAAAAUCCAAAUGGUAAGUAUACGUCAAUGUUGAAACAAGUAUGGAAACCAGAAAUGGCCAGGGCUGAAAGAGCCCGAACUGAUUUAUUAUUCUAUUAUGAUGAUAACAAAAGUAAAUUCAUGAAUCCUAAAAUGAGUGAGCAAAUCAAUUUUGCCAACCAUAUUAAAGAAAAAUGCAAUGAAAAACCAUACUUACUACUUGCUUAUUUACACGUUAUGUAUUUAGCUCUUUUCGCUGGUGGUCGUAUAAUGAGAUCUUCGAUUUCAAAAGCAACCGGAUUGUUUCCUCAAAAAGAUAAUUUGAAACAUGAAGAAAUCAUUAAAUUAGGGGCUAAUUUCUUUUGUUUUGAUGUCACUGAUGAAGAUUCUUUUAGACUAUUAUACAAACGUGAUUACGAGUUGGCAACCAGAAAUUUUUUAACUGAAGAUCAAAAACAAGAAAUUAUCAAAGAAUCAAUCUAUAUCUUUGAACAAAAUUAUAAAUGUGUUAAAGAAUUAGAAAAACACAAUUUGGAAUUAUUAACUAAAAAAUGGAGUUAUAUAGCAGCCACCAAAGGUUAUUAUGCUGCAGUGGUUUUACUCGUGGUUUUCUUCAUUUACUAUCUUCAAAAAAUGUUAUCAGCUUGGGUUUAA